GCCUCUCACCCUGGCGCGAGAUGGCAAUGUCUCCCUCCGUCCGCGUCCAUCACCUGCCAUCCUCCUGCCGCCGACCUACCGCUCCUACCAACCUCCUGUUCGGCGUGGCCGCCACCACGACGGCCUGCCGGUGGCGGCGUCAUCCCGGUCCCGGCGUCGCCGCUCCCCUUCCCCUCCGCUUGCGCGCCGCAGGCUCCGCACAGCCGUUUGUUAACAAUGAACCGUCGUUGCGCGGUCGCGUCGACGGAGAGGACCAGCUCCCGCGCCUCAAGAUCGCAGUGGUGGGGUUCGGCAACUAUGGCCAGUUCCUGGCGCGCACUUUGGUGGCGCAGGGUCACACCGUCCUGGCUCACUCCCGGUCCGACCACUCUGCCGCCGCAGCCGCCCUCGGCGCGCGCUUCUUCCCCGACCCGCACGACCUCUGUGAGUGCCACCCGGACGUCGUGCUCCUCGCGACCUCCAUCCUCUCCGCGGAGGCCGUCGUCCGCUCGCUCCCCGUCCACCGCCUUCGCCGCGACACCCUCUUCGCCGACGUGUUCUCCGUGAAGGAGUUCCCCAAGAACCUCCUCCUCGGCGCCCUCCCCGAGGAGUUGGACAUCAUCUGCACCCACCCCAUGUUCGGCCCGGAGUCCGCCCGCGACGGCUGGGCCGGCCUCCCCUUCGUGUUCGACAAGGUCCGCGUCGGCGACUGCCCCGUGCGCCGCGCCCGCGCCGAGGCCUUCCUGGGCGUCUUUGAGCGCGAGGGCUGCCGCAUGGUGGAGAUGUCCUGCGCGGAGCACGACGCGCACGCCGCCGAGACGCAGUUCCUGACCCACACCGUCGGGCGGACGCUGGCGCUGCUGGAGCUCCAGCCGACGCCCAUCAGCACCAAGGGGUACGAGACGCUGCUCCGGCUGGUGGACAACACCUGCAGCGACAGCUUCGACCUCUACAACGGCCUCUUCAUGUACAACAAGAACGCCACCGAGCUGCUCAACCGGCUCGAGUGGGCCAUGGACGCCGUCAAGAAGAGGCUCUUCGACGGCCUCCACGACGUGCUCCGGCAGCAGCUCUUCGACAUCGAGGGGUCGCCGGACGACACCUUGGCGGAUCCCACCGAGCUGGUGGUGGAUGACGGUCCAAUUGAUGACGAUGAUCUAGACGCCGACGGCGACGACGAUGACGUUGGACGCCGUCGACGGCGACGAGUCGAUCGGGAGAAUAAUUGAUCGCACCGCUCUGGCAUAGUGGCAUGUCGAUCUCUCGCGGUCCCCUGCAGAGCACGCCUUGCAUGUUGGAUCUUAUCUUUGCAGCCAAAUCGAACGCACUGUAUUAUUGCUGUGUAAGAUCGACGGUGUUGAUUCAUAGAUCGUCGACGUGAAUCUCUGCUUCAGUGGAAUAACUUUGACACGAUGGCAUGCAUGAUAUUAUUUUCUAAAGCAAACAUGUAUCAUGAAUUCUCGCA